AUGUUUUAUUUCGGUGUUGAAUUUUAUGAAACCACCACAUACACUGAAUUUGUUCAUUUGGUGAAGUGUAAGAUGGGUCUUCCCGAAGAAUCAAAAGUGGUUGAAGAAGGCGUAUCGUGUAACGAAGUGGAUGAUAGAGGAAAGGCAUCUAUACCUAAUUUAUCAAGUGGAAAAAGGAGCAACACCCCAAUAGGUAACUUUAAAAGUCCAAGUAAAAGUCAAUAUCACAGUGUUGCUGAAAAUGAAAAUGUAUUGCCAGAACCGAUUAUGUAUGUUACACCGGAGAAUUAUAAGUAUAUAGGUGAUAAUGAUGUUGGUACAUAUGUUAACGAUGUUGGUGUAAAUCAUAACCUUGACCAAAAAAAAGCACUAGACGUGGUGGAUAAGGUUGGUAAUGAAUCUGGAAAAGAAGAAGUUUCAUUUUUGGAUGAUGGUGAACUAAAAGGCUAUGUUGAGUUUGCGGAUUGUGACAAGUUGGAUAUAGCCGGCCUAGAGAGUGAUUCUAACGAAGAAGAAUUAGAUGGUGAACCUAAACUUAUUUAUUCAAAUACCAUGUUUCAUGGUAUGCCCCCAUUGCCUUCAUGUCCUGUAAAUGAUAAUGUGAACAUUCCAUGUCAGAGGUUGGAUAUAAAUGAAAAGAUUAAGGUUCUAGACAUUUUUGAUGACAAAGAGUUGCUCAAGCUUGCAAUUGGAACACAAUGCAUGGAACAAGGUAAGCAGUAUAAGACUACCAGAUCGAGCAAAGAAAGGUUCGAGGUGGUUUGUUUGGUAUAA